AUGACCACGAUACGAGACAGCGUCUCCGACCUGGAGCGGCAUACCCAGCUUCUCGAGGCCAGCGUGGCCAAGUUGACCCAGGCGCUCGGGCAUUGGCAACUGCUGGAGGCAGAGUACGAGGCUCUAAGCGAGGAGGUGGCCGAGGCCACAAGGACCAGCGACGACGACGGCGACAGCGAGGACGAUGGCGAUGCCGACGCGACGCUCUCGCACGAGCAGCAGACCCGGCUGGCCCACGUCUGCCGCGACUUUGACGGCCAGCUGGUGGACCAGAAGACAGUCAGCGAGAUCGUUGGGGCGCAGCCGGGCCAGAGUAUCACGAAGAAGCCGGGCCAGAUUCGGGGUUUGAUCGGGCGGCGGCUCGACUACGUGCGGCAGAAUGCGUCAGCAUUGCAGAAGCAGGUGGAGAGGGAGGCCAACCGGCUGGCGGCAGCCCAGGUGAUUAGCAGACCGGAUAUGAUCGGCGACGAAGAGUCGGGCGAGCCUAUCACAGACAUUGUCGAGGAACUAGACGAGGAAGGAAACGUGCUGAAUGUGCGGCUGCAGACACCGUCUAACACGGAGUCGCGUGUGUUGGAGACGCUCAAGAAGGCCGGUAUCAACGAGCUGCCCGAGGGUGGGCCUGAAGAGGAGGACCAGAAAAAGAACCAAAAAAGCGUAGAAAAAGAGCCUUCAUCGGCUUCGGCAAUGAAAAUUGUCGCUGCACCUGCAAGUGCGCCAAAGGACGGAAAGAAAGGCGUUUCUUUCGCAGACGAUACGAAACCCGGGCACGACGAGCCUUCCUCUGAAACAUCACAACCGCAAAUGUCCCGCACAGCCCAGCGCCUUGACGAGAUCAUACGCGCAGCAAAAGAGCAGGAGUCUAUGAUUUCCACUGCGACGUCAGUUGCCCCCAUCGACGAGUUGGAGGCUGACGCUGCACUUCGCCGUGAGAUGCUGGAAUACAGCAUGUCGGAGAUUGGGCCGAUUGUAGCCCAGCUCGAUAUCGAAGAGGUAUCUUCUGGCGAGGAAGACGAUGAAGGCUACGACGACGAAUACGACGAUGACGAUGACGACGAGGAAGACGGCCAUGGGCGAUCCAAAUAUAGCGCCAUUGACGAGGCAUACCGGGAGCGGAUGCGAGAGCUCGAGAGGAAGCUUGGGGUCGCACGACAAGAAAAGGAAGCCUCUUCAAUGGCUGUAGACACCAACAGCGAGGAAAACGACUUUGACGAAGGCAUUGGGCGCAUCCGUGUGUCUGGCCUGACGGCGGCACCAUUGUCGGGAAGCGUUCCCUCGACGGGCUCAUCGCUCAAGGACAAGUCUAAGGAGUCGGGCGAGAAGAAGAAAGUUUCGUUUGCCAACGCGCUCGACAUAUCUCCGGCCGAUGUGGCACCAGCAGCCGAGAAGUUGGAGGCUGUCAACGCCAAGGAUGUCGUGCCUGUUGUCGAGCCGCUGGGAGACGUGAUUGAGCGACAGAGCAGCAACAGCAAGCCGACCGUGGGAGCUCUUGAGCCGGCCGUGGCCAAGAAGCCGUCCCGGUUCAAGAUGGCCCGGGGAACAACCGUGGCCUCACCGCAAGUGCCACAGCUGCCGCAAGGGCCUCACCAGGCGCCGGCGCGGUUUCUGGAUCUGGACCGCCGGGUGACGCCGGAAGGCCCAGAAGGCAAGACGCUGGCCGAGGCUGUGGUCGAGCGGCAGCCAACGGCCGAGGCGCGCGAGCCGGACGAGCUAGAUCCAGCGCUUCUUAUGCAAGAAGCGGCGACGGAAUACCACCGGUCGCGCAAUAGGCUGAUCCAGCGGCAGGGCGGGUUUACACACGCCAACCAGUCGGCGGUCGUGCCGCUGGACGAAGACGAGGGCGGCCACAAGCGGGUCAGCCGGUUCAAGGCAGCGCGGCUGGCAAAGCAGUAA